AUGGCAACCAAACCCUACUUCAUGCUCAUUGCCAUCUUCCUCCUCCUAACCUUCACGGCCCUCAAUGUUUCGGCAGAGUCGACGUCCUGUCGGGAAGAGACCUCAUCAUGCCACAACAAAGCGGAGGCCUUGAAGAUGAAGUACAUCGCCAUAGCUUCCAUACUAGUGAUGAGCAUGAUCGGGGUUUGCUUGCCAGUCUAUUCUAACAAGGUGAAGGCUCUUCAGCCCGAUACGAACCUAUUUGUGAUCGUCAAGGCGUUUGCAUCCGGUGUCAUACUCGCCACCGGGUACAUGCAUGUCUUACCUGAUUCGUUUAACGACUUGACAUCCCAGUGCUUGCCCCAAAAGCCGUGGAGGAACUUCCCCUUCACUACUUUUGUGGCAAUGCUAUCUGCUGUUAUGUGCAUGAUGAUCGAUUCAUUUUCAAUGAGUCGUUAUAGAAAAUCUUUUAUUCGAGCUACCCGUAGUGAUGGCGAAGUGAGUCGAGAAAUGAAAAUUGAGGAGGGAUUCAUUACUAAAGAGGAACAACUGAUGAGGCAUCGUGUUGUGGCCAAGGUACUGGAAACAGGUAUUGUAGUGCACUCAGUAGUGAUUGGAUUAUCAAUGGGGUCAUCUCAAAAUCCUUGCACAAUAAGACCGCUCAUUGCUGCAAUUUGUUUCCAUCAACUAUUUGAAGGAAUGGGACUAGGAGGCUGCAUACUACAGGCUGAGUUUAAGAGCAAGAUGAAGUUAAUAAUGGUGUUCUUCUUUUCAUGCACAACACCAUUUGGGAUAGCAUUAGGGAUUGCGUUGAAUACUGUAUACAGUGACACCAGUCCGAAGUCUCUGAUUGUGGAAGGUUUGCUAAAUGCUUGUUCUGCAGGGCUGCUCAACUAUAUGGCAUUGGUGGAUCUGCUAGCAGCUGAUUUUAUGGGUUCUAAACUGCAAGGAAAUAUGAAGCUCCAAGUAUGGUCGUACAUUGCAGUUCUUUUAGGGGCAGGAGGCAUGUCAGUAAUGGCCAUUUGGGCAUAG